AAAAGUUAAGGCUUGAGUUCGGCUUAGAUGGGUAGAAUUUAGGAGAGAAACCUGAUAAUCCAAGGAGUAAAUAAGCUUGUGGGAGCCAUGGUUCAGAGUUAAAAUAAUGCAAAAACUCCAGGGGAAGUGUUUGUGAUGAAUUGAAGACUGCUAGAAUGGGUAGAUGGAGGUUAAGCCUGGAAUUCUCUAAACAGAAAGCAGGGCCCCACAGCGACUUUAUAAUGAGUUUUCACACCUACAAAAGUGGGUGUGCCAGAGAAGUAUAAAGGGGCCAGAAAAGUAAGUGUUGGGUUCAGAACCAAAAGUUAGGCUUCAGGAUGCUACGUUGUCUGAUCCACUGUACCACUCUGCUGUUUUUGUCUUCGGAUAAAGAAGUUGGAGAAAGGUGAUUGCCCACAGUCAGUACCAAAAGUCCAAAAGAAUUUCCAUCUUUCUGAGCAUGCAAGAUGAAAUUGAGACAGAAGAGAUCAUCAAAGACAUUUUUCAACGAGGCAAAACCUGCUUCAUCCCACGGUACCAGUUCCAGAGCAAUCACAUGGAUAUGGUGAAAUUAACAUCACCUGAGGAAAUUUCCUCACUUCCCAAAACGUCCUGGAAUAUUCAUCAGCCUGGUGAGGAUGAGGCUCGGGAGGAGGCCUUGUCAACAGGGGGACUCGAUCUCAUCUUCAUGCCGGGCCUUGGGUUUGACAAGCAAGGCAACCGGCUCGGGAGGGGCCGGGGCUACUAUGACGCCUACCUGAAGCGCUGUGCGCAGCAGCAGCACGGGAAACCCUACACUAUGGCCUUGGCUUUCAAAGAACAGAUUUGUCUCCAGGUCCCAGUGGACGAGAACGACAUGAAGUUUAAGUUAAAUAUUUAUGAGGAACUGGGCUCCGACUCAGAGAGUGAGAGGAAGGUGAAGCCAUCGGGAGAGGACACGGUGUCACUAAGUCCUGUCAUGGGCCUGGUCAGUCUCUGCAGGUAUGUGGAGACUCGGCAGUUAUUAACUGAUUUGUGUGUGUUUGCUCUGUGUACAGAGUUCCCAAGAACAUUACACCACUUCAUCUUGACUUCAUUCACUCACCCUGAACUUUUAUGUCUGACACUGUGGCUUUUGAUGGUUAAUGGACUAAAACCUUUCAUGAUUUAAAUAGUUAAAUUCAUCUGAUUUGUUCCCGUCUGUGCUGUACUAUGUAUCAGUCACUUAGGAGUUUAAGACGUGAUACCAUGUAAGUUAGAAAUUAUUUCUGUUUAUUUGUGGUGUCUGCUUUGGAAAUGGAAUCUGCUGAAGGCUGGCAGAUGGCACCCCAGCUAGGGAGUGCUAAUAUGGGGGGAACGGGGAAGGUUUGGUUAUGACCAGACACCCAGGAGUCUCCCUAGACGCUGCUCGCUCCCUCACACCCCACGUCCAGUCUGUCACCUGGUCCUGCUGAUUUUUCUCCACGAUGCCUCUUACACCUGUUCUCUCCUCUGCAUUGUCCUGUCGCGUCUCUGUCCAGCCCUCAGCAUUUCUGAGCUAAACUGGGCGAGAGGUUCCCACUGGCUUCCCUUCCUUCAGUCUGACCCUCUCCAGUUUAUUUCUCAAACUGCGAAAGUAUCUCAUAAAACAUGAAUCCGACCAUGAAGCACCCUGAUUAGAACCUUUCAGUGGCCUGUUCAGAGCCUGCUUGGUGACGGCCAAAUGCCGUCCCUUUGUACAAGGCCCAUCACGUAAGCGAGGCCUCCCACCUGCCUUUCUCUAGCCUCUUCUCGCCCCACUCCCACUGACAAACGCACAGGCAGCACCUGAGCAUUGCUGCUUCCCUGUCCUGUGCUUCUUCCUCUGGCUGUACUGCCCUUCCCUCCCGUGUUAAUCUGGAAAAGACUUCAGCUCCAGUGUCAGAUCUUCUGUGAAGCCUUCCUCUCCAUUCCCAUGGUCCUCCUUAUCACUUUGUCUUACCUACCAAGGUUAGUGGUCAUGCCCGCCCCUUCAGAUGCUGAGCUCCAAAGAGCAGGGAUAAUCCUUUGUUCUCACACUUAGUAGAUACCUAGUCAUAGAGCGGGUGUUUGAGAAUUUGUUUGGAUGAGUUACUUGAAUACACAUUCAGGGUAUUUUCAUUUAAAAUAUGGAUCAAUAGUCUUUGGAUAAUAACAUACAAUUUGAUGUUUUAUGCACAACAGUAAAAACUUUUAAAAUGUCAGUUGAUCUAAAAUUGGAUUUGCGCAGUACAGUAUGUACAGUGAGAAGUGGGAGGGAAACAGUUUCUCUAAGCUGUAAAAUCCUAUUACUGUGCUGGUUAAAAAUCGGAAGUGUUACCUCAACCAUGAGGUUCACGUGAAUGUUAGUACAUGGUCUGAAAUGGCUACCCAGUAAAUUCCUGAGCUGCUGCGGGUCUGGAAA